GGGCUGCCAAUUUAAACGUAAGGAUUGAUGCGGGUCUUGAGCGAGGCUAUUAGCUUACGAUAUGAAUAGGCUUGAAUUGAACGAAACAUUUCUGAGAAUGAUAUUCCCAAAGGAAAUGAAACAAUUCUCUGUGACAUCAUUCCUUACAGAUCCCGAGAACAGAUUAUUUUGAUAAUAAUAAUAAUAAUAUCGGGUGUAUUUGCCGCCAAUAGGUACCCAAUAUUUGGAUAAUGCUUCCUGCUUUGAUCCGCGUUGUCAGAUUUCGAGAUUCUUCAGAUAUCCGCACGACAGACUUCGCAAACAUCCUGUAAAAAUAAGGAUCGCGAGGGAGUAUGGAAGUUUAUGUAUAACGGAGAAUAAGAGAAGUUACCACAUUUACCUGUGGUGUGGAUUAAUUGGCGUGACCGACUAAAAAGUAACAAACGUUACAUCAUAUUUUUAGAAGGAGUUACUUUCAGUAAUAUAAACUAAGCUAAACUUCGCCACAAGUUACUCGCUACAGCAAACACUCCGUGGCAUCCUCUUCACUCCAACUCCUUGCUCCAACCAAGGAUCUUGCUCCAACUUUGCUUGCCAAAACAACUUGAGUCUUCAUUGAAACAGCUCGAACAUGUCCGGCGUGUCCUCGAUCGCCCCAUAUUCCGGGACACCGUCAGUCACAUGACUAAGUUUGACGUCAUUUGUCCAUUGCGAAAUAGGGCGGACUAUUUGCAUAUCCAACGCACAGCCUGUAAGCAUAGCACUUUGUUCGCGCCCUCAAUCCAUCGGCAUCUUCACGACAACAAGGUGGAUAAGCAUAUAUUUUGCAAUAGUUAAGAUACAAAUUUUGUGAUGUAUUUAGAUGUGGUUAUUUUCAUCCAUAUUUUCUUUUGGGGGCAUGUUUCUUGGUAGGAAUCGUGUAACGAAUGUCACAAUAGGUUCAGUGUGAGCCACUCCGCCAUAUUGGAAGCAGCAGGUCAGCGUGCCGUGUGAAAAAUUUGCACACGGCCCCAAUCCAGGAGGGAUAUUUAAAGCCGUGGUCAGCCUAAACGUCCAACGUAGUGUGUGAUUGUAGCCAUGAACAGGGCUCCCCUGCACUGUGUGUGUUUCCUUUGCUUGCUGACGUUUGGAGUGUUUCAUCAGGCGGGGGCAGUAGAUCAUAAUGAAGGCUUCAACCCAGUCUCUGUUACAGCUAGAUAUGAAAAGUCCUUCAAAGAAAACGAAGGCUUACAGAAGCUAUUUAGGAAGUAUGGCAAGGAUGGAAAUAUUAGCUUUAGAGGUUUCAAGAAGCUCCUAGGGAGACUGGGACUUGGUGAGGUGAGGAUUGCGUAUCACGAGGAACUGAUCGGUGAUCACGAAGAAGACAGUAAUGGCACUUCUUUAUUGAUUGUGGACACAAUCGGUGGCACUAAUCACGUGCAUUAUCCACACACCAAUGAUGUACUUUGUAAUGACCAUCAUUCUGGUUAUCAUGGGGAAGAUCAGAAUGAGGAUACAGGUGCUGGUCAUCAGGAUCCUGACCAUUCGGAUCACUCCCAUGAGAGUACAAUGUCAGGGGAGGCCAAUGGUUAUCGCCAUGAGGAGUCGACAGAUCCAAUAAAGCAGGUUCCACAGAGUCCGACCUCAACUGUAGCACCAGAACCUGCUGCUGUGCAGGAAGCCCCAACUCCCAGGCCGGGAAGGCACGGCAGCAGUAGGAGACAGGGAAAGAAAGGGAAGAGACGGAGAGGGCGUAAGUCCACGGCAGUGCGACCUACCAGAGGCUUAGACCUCAUGCAGGUUGCAACAGAGUCGCCCAGAAGGGUGCCCAGGGAUGCAAACAGUACAACAGGUAGCAAAGAAGACCCAAAACGCCAUGAUGGUCAUGAUGAACAUGAAGAGGGGGAUGAACAUGGCCAUGGGGAACAGGAUCAUGACCAUGGCCAUAACCAUGAAGGUCACAGCCAUGGACAUGAAGAUCACGAUCACGAAGACCAUGCACAUGCAGAUCGCGCCCAUGAAGACCAUGGACAUGAAGAUCACGACCAUGAAGACCAUGGACAUGAAGAUCACGACCAUGAAGACCAUGGACAUGAAGAUCACGAUCACGAAGACCAUGCACAUGAAGAUCGCGCCCAUGAAGACCAUGGACAUGAAGAUCAUGACCAUGAAGACCAUGCACAUGAAGAUCACGACCAUGAAGACCAUGGACAUGAAGAUCACGACCAUGAAGACCAUGGACAUGAAGAUCACGACCAUGAAGACCAUGGACAUGAAGAUCACGAUCACGAAGACCAUGCCCAUGAAGAUCGCGCCCAUGAAGACCAUGGACAUGAAGAUCACGACCAUGAAGACCAUGGACAUGAAGAUCACGAUCACGAAGACCAUGCCCAUGAAGAUCGCGCCCAUGAAGACCAUGGACAUGAAGAUCACGACCAUGAAGACCAUGCACAUGAAGAUCGCGAACAUGAAGACCACGCACAUGAAGAUCACGUCCAUGAAGACCAUGGACAUGAAGAUCACGACCAUGAAGACCAUGUACAUGAAGAUCGCGAACAUGAAGACCACGCACAUGAAGAUCACGACCAUGAAGACCAUGGACAUGAAGAUCACGACCAUGAAGACCAUGGACAUGAAGAUCGCGAACAUGAAGACCACGCACAUGAAGAUCACGUCCAUGAAGACCAUGGACAUGAAGAUUACGAUCAAGAAGACCAUGCACAUGAAGAUCGCGAACAUGAAGACCACGUCAAUGAAGACCAUGGACAUGAAGAUCACGAUCAAGAAGACCAUGGACAUGAAGAUCACGAUCAAGAAGACCAUGCACAUGAAGAUCACGAACAUGAAGACCACGCACAUGAAGAUCACGACCAUGAAGACCACGCACAUGAAGACCAUGGACAUGAAGACCAUGGACCUGAAGAUCGCGCCCAGGAAGACCAUGGACAUGAAGAUCACGACCAUGAAGACCAUGGACAUGAAGAUCACGAUCAAGAAGACCAUGGACAUGAAGAUCACGACCAUGAAGAACACGUCCAUGAAGACCAUGCACAUGAAGACCAUGGACAUGAAGACCAUGGACCUGAAGAUCGCACCCAUGAAGACCAUGGACCAGAAGAUCGCGCCCAUGAAGACCAUGCACAUGAAGAUCACGACCAUGAAGACCAUGGACAUGAAGAUCACGACCAUGAAGAUAUUGGACAAGAAGAUCACGAUCAAGAAGACCAUGCACAUGAAGAUCACGACCACGAAGACCAUGGACCUGAAGAACAGGACCAUGGACCUAAAGAUCACAACCAUGGAAAUGAAGAUCACGACGAUGGAAAUGAAAAUCACGGCCGUGGACAUGAUCAUCCUGAACAUGCUCCAGGUGCCCAUUGCCUCUCUGCGAGGGAGAUUCUGGUAGAAUACAACAUCCCGCCAGACAUGUCUCGCAUGACAAUGCCAGACUUCGUGAACAUCUGCCCACUGCUCAUCGCACAGAUAGAUGAACAGGCUUGUAUCAUUCAUGAAGAGGACGGUCACGAUCAUGACGAUCAUGACGAGCACAAAGGGAAAGCACAAGGCGUACCAGCAGCAGUGUGGGGAUACGGGAUUCUGGCUGUGACUGUCAUCAGCAUGUUGGCUGUUGUGGGAAUCGUGCUGCUCCCGUUAAUGGACCAGAGAGUGUACCAGUUCGUGCUGUGUUUCCUGAUUGCGUUGGCAAUGGGAACACUGACGGGAGAUGCAGUCCUUCAUCUUCUACCACAUGCACUCGGCCUCCAUUCCCAUGCUGGAGAGGACAGUCAUGAGGGGCAUGAAGGUCAUGAUGAAGGUCACGACGAGGGCAGCCAUCUGGACCCAGUGCUGAAAGGUCUGACUGUGCUGUUUGGCAUCUACUUCCUGUUCAUGAUGGAGAAACUCAUGGGAGUCAUGACCAAGAGGAGGGCCAAAAGGAAAGCAAAGAAACUCCGAAAACAAAAGGAACUGGCCCAUCCUGAGGAAUCGUACGAGUUGCACACAGUAACAGACUCUCCAAUAGAGGAUGACCACUGUCACCACCACCAUCAUCAUCAUCAUCUCCAUGACAACGAGAAGCUGAAGGAUCCUGGGAUAGCCACUAUGGCAUGGAUGGUGAUCAUGGGGGAUGGACUUCACAACUUGAGUGAUGGCCUGGCUAUUGGGGCUGCCUUUGCCAGCAGCAUCCCAGGAGGCAUCAGUACAUCUAUUGCAAUCUUCUGCCAUGAGCUGCCACAUGAGCUUGGUGACUUUGCCCUGCUGAUCAGGGCAGGCAUGUCGGUGAAGCAGGCCAUCCUGUACAACCUGAUGUCUGCCUGUGUCUGCUACAUCGGCCUGCUCAUCGGACUGGGCAUCGGCAACCUGUCGGAUAACGUCAUCCAGUAUGUGUUUGCAGUCACCGCUGGGAUGUUCCUGUACGUUAGUCUUGUGGACAUGUUGCCGGACAUGGUACAUCCCAAUCAGCCGCAGGUCGUUGCCAAGCAUGACCAUAGUGAACACGGCCACAGCCACGACCACAGUGACGUUUCUCACGACAACCUCAAGAAGAAGAAGACAAAGAGCCAGGGGCCGGCUUACCCUGUCUUGGUGCAGUCCUUUGGAGUUCUGGUGGGCAUUGGGAUCAUGUUACUCAUCGCAGUGUAUGAGAGCAAAAUAAAAAUCUAAAAAGAAUGCCUUUAAGGUUCAACAUUAUGAUUUUGUUUGUUUGUUAUUGUUUUCACGUGUAUGUGAUAGUCGUGAGCACUCCGUUUUGCAUACUACUAGUAUUAGGUAGAUGCAUUAUUUUGUUAUUGUCACUGUCAGUUGAAGUUGUUCUGUGAAGUAUCAAUGAGAAGUUCAUUCUAUUCUCGUCCUUUCUGGUCCAUCUUAAAUUACUUACAACAUCCUACGUAACAACAACCCCGCACUAGAUAGCACAGACUAUCAAUGUGAUGUUGCACGAUAUGGGAAAAGGACCACAGUACAUGUAUGAGCAUACAUUCAAUGUGUGUCUACAUGUACUACAGACAGUAUAGACCCAAAGGGGAAAGUACAGAUGUGUAAGUGCACUUAAGGUAUUUUUGAGAUAACCAUAUAUACUUUCCGGAUUAUAUGGUUUCUUGUUAAAGCACGAAGUAUGUAUUUAUCAGACCAACCUGCAACUUCAAAAGCUUGUGGGUAACAGUAGAAUUAGUGCUUUUUCACCAUAACGUUUUUCACCAAGCAUUGUAGUGUUCGUAUAGUGUGCUUAAAAGCCUUUGUUACCAUUUUUUGUGUUCAUUGUACUUGUGCAAUUGUAUUUUUGUUUGAACACCAUUCUUGAACAAUGUGUUUGAAAUAUUGUGGCCAAGAUCUGACAUCACCGCGAUAUGAUUGCGAUGAAUAGGUUUUGCUACAUUUUGGGUAAAGUACCGCAGUGUAGUGUAUAGUUCUGAAGCACACCUAUCACCUAUUUAUAUAUAUGGCUUGAUUUGUAAGGAAUGUGCACAUGUACCUUGCGAAACUUUGUUGUAGGAAGUCAAUCUAUAUAAAAACAUUGACUGUGAUUUUGCACAAGAUGUUGAUAUUUCUGGAAUAAACAAGAUCACAUUCAGGGAA